UAUCGUUAAGAAAAAAAUUUUGAUCCCAACGGAGUUCUGAGUUGCAGUGGAGACGUUCCUCCGGUGGACAUUCUACAGAAAUCUUUCUCGUCCUCUGUUCAUACCAAUUCUGAGAAGAAGAAAACAGCGUGGUUUUUCAGUUUUCGUUGCUUGCUGCUGCCGUUCGAGGGUGAACGUUUUUGACAUCAUGGUUAAUGCCAUUAAAGGGCUAUUUAUCUCCUGCGACGUACCUAUGGCACAAUUUAUCAUCAAUUACAACGCUUCCUUGCCUGCAUCCCAAAGAUUUAUCAUCCAUAUUUUGGAUAACACCCACAUGUUUGUGCAACCCCAGGUAGCUGGUAUGAUUCAAAACGCCAUUUCUGAAUUUCGAGAUCAGAAUUCUUAUGAGAAACCUACUUGAAGACAAGUGUAUUUUAGAGUCUAUGGUUUCGGAAGUCUUAGCUUUUGCUUCGAUAACUCGUACUUCCUCCCAACAGUUUACUUGUAUUGAUGUUUCUUUACUAUGACAUGUAUCUCACUCCUGAUCCUGCAUAAAAUAGGUAUUGAAGUGGUUUGUUUGAAAAAUGGAGACAACGGGUGGUCUAAUUUUGGUAGAGAAAAUACCGAGGAAUGUGAGAAGAGGGAGAGAGGAUAAUUUUUUGUCUUCCAAAAACAAUAAAUAGCUGUUAAAUUUUUAGUGGUGGUCAGAAAUUUCCGACUGACCGACUAGCAAUUAAGUAUCAUUCUUCCCAGUUAGCAGCCAAA